AUGGCCCGGGACAUGAAAAGUAGCUUUCCAUGUAUUCAGUUUGUGCUUACGGUGGGCCUGGGUGGAGGUGCCCCUUCCCACGAUAUUGAUAUCCGACUCGGUGAUGUGGUUGUCGGAACUGCAGUCGUUCCCUACGGCUUCGGCAAGAUGACUGACACUGGGUUCAAAAUCACUGGUAAUAGUAAGGGGACAUCCCGGGCCCUUUGCUCCAAGCUCAGUCCGCUUGAUGAGCUACUUCAGCGAGGGCCGCGUCUUCAGCGAUCCAUUGACCACGCCUUCGGAAGUUCCCGGGUUACAGGCAAUGUAUUUCGGCGACCAUCCCAGUCCAAAGAUCGCCUGUGUAAAUCUAACUAUGGACAUGGGCAUCGCUGCGAGUGUUUACGACCCCAUGGCAAGGGACUGACGCAUAUCGUAAAACGAAAGCGUCGGCAAGAAGGGAAUCUGGUUAGAGUUCAUUACGGAAAUGUUGCUUCUGCCGAUCAAGUUAUGAAGAAUGUUAGAAGGCGAAACGAGCUAAGCUGGAACAACCGUAUCAUAUGCUUCGAGAUGGAAUCAAUUAGUAUUAUGAACAAUUUUGAUUGUCUUCCGAUCCGCGGUGUAUGCGAUUAUUCCGAUUCUCACGAAAACGACUCAUGGCAUGGAUAUGCCGCACUUGCCGCCGCGGUGUACGCUAAGUUACUUUUGUCUACAAUACGUCCUGACGAACAAUAUCAUGGAAAUCUCCAGGUUGCCCAAGAAGAAAUGGAGCGCUUUGUAUCGGAUGGAUUCCGAGGAAUCAAAGAGAGUGUCGGCCAGUUCACUACCAGGGUGGAUCAACUUUCCGAUCAAAUGGAUCUAAUAGCUGCUAUAUUAAGGGGUAUAGAUGCUAGGCUUCUACUCAUAGAGCAAUAUUUUCAAAGUUCGUUCACGACGCUACGGUCUUCUGAAGCAUUUCAGGAGGCGGAAAGUCAGCUACAGGGGGCAGAGAUUGAUGGAAGGCAAAACAUGAAAAAAUAA